CUUCAUUCAAUCGUCAGAUUAUACCAGCAUCUUAUUUAAAGCUGGGAGUAUAUCACUGAAUCCGAGAGCCGCAGUUCUUUCUUCACAUGGUCGCAUUAACUCUUGUAACCGCUUCGCUCCUCGUAGGCUCUCUGCUUCAUCGAUGGUUCAGACGACCGUCAGUCAAGCACGUCAAGGGACCACCGUCGGCCUCUUUCUGGCUAGGUCACGAACGUGUUCUCCGCAAUCAAGAUAAUGCUGGUGAUCUUGAAACGAAAUGGCGUAGGGAAUAUGGCACAAUUUAUCGCGUUAGGGGCUGUUUUGGGCAAGACGUCCUGGUAGUGUGUGACCCCAAGGCUUUCGAACAUAUUUUCCACAAGUCACGACCUUAUCCAAAAUCGAAGGACAACACCUUCAUCCUGAAUCUCUUCGUUGGCCAGGGGCUUGUCACUGUCGCUAAUGAAGCUCACUACCGCCAACGCAAGAUCCUGAAUCCGGCAUUCUCCCUUACGCAGCUCCGAAAAUACGAGAUUAUCUUUCAGCAAUGCUCUGACAAGCUUGUGAACGGGAUCAAGAGAACUGUGACUGGUACAGAUGAAACCGUCAAUAUCCUUGACUGGACAAGCAAGGUCACCCUAGAUAUAAUUGGGUUAGCCUCGUUCCGGUAUGAUUUUGGUUCGCUCGAUGGUCAAACAACAGAGCUAGGGCGAGCGAUGAAGCAUCUUUUAACUGCUUCACAAUCCAAUACAACGGCACUAGAAUUUGUUCUUUUAGCUCUGAUCCGAAUGCUUCCAGAUUCGGCCCUAGGAUUCUUACAGCUGAUCUCUACCCGAGAGAUUCGUUUACUUGCCAGCGUAGGAAAUGUUGCCAAGAAAACCGCGCGAGAGGUCAUGGCUAGCCAUAAUGAGGUACAGAUACCAGGCUCCGACAAAGACAUCGUUAAUCUCCUAGGCGCAGCUAAUGUUCGUAGUCAUAGUCUUACUUACCCUUCUUCAUUCAAACUUUUGUGUUCUAGGACCUUCGUUAUUGCCGGGCACGAGACGUCAAGCACUAGCCUAUCCUGGCUGUUAUACGAACUGGCUGUGCAUCCUGAACAUCAGUCCAUAAUUCGCGCAGAGCUCAAACAGUCAAACGACUACGACUCGAUGCCAUUCUUGAACGCAGCUAUCAAAGAGGCUCUCCGUCUACACCCAAUUGCACAUUCCUUGAUACGUACCGCUCCUCGUGAUGACGUCCUCCCUCUCUCUGAAGGGAGAACACUUGCCAUACCCAAGGGGCAGACACUGGUUUGUUCCGCUUACCUAUACAACCGUCUUCCAUCUCUCUGGGGAGACGACGCGGAAGAGUGGAACCCUGGUCGGUUUCUUGACAAGACUUUGCCUGUCUCGCUUGGUGUGUAUGCUAAUCUGAUGACGUUUAGUGCUGGAUCUCGUUCAUGCAUCGGGUGGCGAUUUGCCGUCAUGGAAAUGCAAACAAUUCUAGCCAACCUAAUUCGGCACUUCGAAUUCAGUUUGCCCGAGGGAGGAGUCGAGGUCCUACAUUUUCCUGGUUCACCAGGGGUCAUACCCUUUGUGAAGGGAAAAGCGCAUUUAGGCUCUCAGCUACCUUUAAGGGUGAGGGUUUUACAUUAG